UUAUUUUUUGUACCUACAGUCAACAACAGGAUUGAAGCAGAAGAGUAUGAAACUAAGUAUCGGGGUAGAGAACUUCCUGGCUUUCUCAGCUACAAAAUAUUUGAGGAGUUUAUGAAGGACCAGAUCGACGAGAUGGAGGAGCCUGCUCUAAAGAAGCUUAAAGAAGCUUCAGAUAUAGUGAGGAGAGCAUUUGUACAACUUUCUCAACGGAGCUUCACUGGAUACCCGAACCUCCUCAAAACUGCCAAGACUAUAAUUGAAUCCAUAGAGCAGAGCCAAGCCACCACAGCAGAGGAUUUGCUGAGGACUGAAUUCAAAAUGGAGAAAAUAGUGUACACCCAGGACAGGAGAUACACUGACACCGUAGAGAGUGUCAGAGUGGAAGAGAAUAUGGGGACUGCUUACGGGCAAAAUAUUGUGGCCACACUACAUAAUUUGCAGUGGCAUUUCAAAUCAUACUAUCGC